CUGUGCUGCUUCUCUUAAAGAUUAUAUUUACAUCUGUCUGUCUCUGUAGUUUUCUCCGCUUGAUCGGACGGUCCAGAAUGAAAGUUGCCUCUGAACUCAGUUUCCCCAGAUUUUAGCUGAGAUUCCACCAAUCCAAGCUCAGAUCUCUGCUUCUGAUUAGCUAUAUCCGACGGUCUGUACUUAACAGGUAGUGCUUUGUGCUUUGUGGAGUAAAGUAUGGGGAUUGACAGCGGUUCUGUGGGCGUAACUAUGGUUGAACAAAGCCUGCUAACAUGCGCCGGUGGUGAAGCGCCUUUAGCCACUUUGAUAGUCUCGACUCUGGUCAAAACCCAGUACCUGUUUCUAACACAGGUAAAUUUUGUGAAAUUAAACCGAGUUGACUCGGUCCUUCGAUUUAUUCAAUUUUACUCGAGUGCAUAUUUUGAUUUCCCCCCAUACGUUUGAAAUAAUUGUAUUAAUUUUCAUUAUGACUGCCACUAAUACAGUCCCAAAAUAGGGGAAUUCUUUGCCCACUGACAAAAAAAAUUUUUAGUAAAAAAUUAUUACACAUUACGAUGACAUAAAUCAUCUCAUAUAUAAUCAGGAGUACAUGAAGCUAUUGAUGGAACCCAAGACGAGCGGAGAUCAUCAAAAGGGUUUCCCCUGCAAGGCGAUAGAUGCUGAGAAUGGUGAUGGAAAUGGAGAUGAGGAUGAAGAAGAUGAUGGAGAUGGAGAUGGAGAUGGAGAUGGAGAAGGCAAGGAAGACAUAUCUUAUGAAGAUGGAAACCCUGGCGGUAAUAAAAAAGGUCCAGACAAGGAAGAAAAUGUUGACGAGGAAGAUGAUCAAGAUGACGAUGAUGAUGAAGCAGACGAAGAUGAUGAAGCAGACGAGGAUGAAGGAGCUGGCAAUGAGGAAGAGGAAGAGGAUGAGGAAGAAGAUGUGGAAGAAGAAGAAGAGGAGGAGGAGGAGGAAGAAACACUUCAACCCCCAAAGAAGAGGAAGAAGUAAAAUAUCAUAGAAAUGUUGUCUAAUGCUUAGCAGCUGGGGAUGUUUCUUUCAUUAAUCGAGAGUCAACUCAGGUUGAGGCAAUGUCAACACUAUAUUAUCAUGUAGUAUCAUUUCUUGGAAUAAUCAUGCACGCAAUUUGGUUGUAAAAUAACUGGAAUGCCCUUUUCCCAUACUUUAAUACUAAAAAUUAGACUUGAAUUUGAGACAAUAUAUAAACCAUUGAUCCCAUAUUA